UAACCAUGUGUCAAUGAGCUCCGCACACUUCCCUGGCCUCCUAUUGGCUGAGGAGAGGUGGAUGGUUUAUAAUGUAAUGAGUGAUAGAAGUCCUACGAUCACCCGGUGUGGGGGAGGGGAAGCCUCAUCAAUCAUUAACCCCUCCGACCCCUCCGGACUCCUCCGACAUGCUGCUCCGAGCUCUCCGACCCGUCCGCUCCUAUGUCACCGCAAACCGGCCCGUACCGGACAUCUCCGGGAUCUUCCCGCCCAUCUCCACCCCCUUCACCUCCCGGGAACGUGUGGACUACGAGAGACUCACCGACAACCUCCGGAAAUACUCCGCCACCCCCCUCCGAGGUUUUGUGGUUCAAGGCUCCAAUGGGGAAUACGCUUACCUGAGCCGGGAGGAGAGGCUGGAGGUGGUGCGGAAGGUGCGGGAAGUGGUCCCCAAAGACAAGCUGCUCAUCGCCGGAUCGGGAUGUGAAUCUACACAGGCCACGGUGAAGAUGACGCUGGAGAUGGCGGACGCCGGAGCGGAGGCGGUCCUUGUGGUGACUCCGUGUUAUUAUAAAGGCAGAAUGAACAGCCCGGCUCUGAUCCAUCAUUACACCGAGGUUGCUGAUGCCUCCCCGGUCCCCGUCAUCUUGUACAGCGUGCCGGCCAAUACCGGGUUGGACCUUCCCGUGGACGCCGUAGUCACUUUGGCUCAACAUCCGAACAUCAUUGGGAUCAAGGACAGCGGAGGAGACGUGACACGUAUGGGCCUUAUAAUCCACAAAACCCGUCACCUUGGCUUCCAGGUGCUGUCUGGAUCUGCAGGCUUCCUGUUGGCUGGCUACUCAGUAGGUGCCGUCGGAGGAGUCUGCGCUCUCGCUAACGUCCUCGGCCCCCAGCUGUGUGAACUGGAGAGACUGUGCCUUAGCGGCCGCUGGCAGGAAGCGAGAGAACUCCAGUACCGGCUGAUCGAGCCAAACGCCGCGGUGACCCGCAGGUUCGGGAUCCCCGGCCUGAAGCGGGGGAUGGAGUGGUUUGGGUAUCAUGGAGGACAUUGCCGCUCCCCUCUUCUCCCGCUCACAGGACAGGAGGAGAAGGAAUUACGGACGGUGUUUACAGACAACGGCUGGCUCUGAUCCGGGAAGAACGCGCAACGGAUCUCCUUCCUCGGAAUGUUUCAUUUUCUAUGUAUCCGGGGGAAAAAUACAUCCCAUAAAAUAAAUCCUCCGCAUGGAGCAAAUAAAUGUCAUUUCAUCCAA